AUGUCUUCCAAUCCGUUUUCUAAGCCAUUGAUUAAAGCUCUAACAGAUCGUCUUACAAAGUUGAAGACAUCUCAAGCUUUUAAGAUGGCAUUAUACCUCGAUCCGCGCUUGAAUUAUUUGAAUUCGAAACUGUUUAACAGUGAUGAAAAGCUUUACAUACACUGCCCCUUAUAGGACUGUAUCAAAGACACCUGGAGUCGAAAAAGGGUGAAACCGUCAGCAAGCACCAGUGAUAACGGCAAAGAUCACAGUAAUAGCAAUCACAUCGAUGAUUUUCUCUUAGAUCUUCUAGGGGGCACUCUUUCGCAGUCGGUUAACUCGAAUGGAUCUUCAUUUGAGCAACAACUAAAAGCUAUCGAUGCGGAACCGAGACAAAAUCACACUUUCGAUGUGUUCGAUUAUUGGUUGAAGCGACGUGAGACCCACCCAGAGCUUUUCGCAGUUGCCAUGGUUGUAAUGGCAACCCCUUCCAAUUAGGUGUCCGUUGAACGCGUGUUCAGCGCUUUGGCAUUGGUUCUAACGUCCCAUAGAACUAGUUGAGGACACGACCUUAGUGUACUGCAGGAUAUUUUGCUCAUUAAGCUCAACCGAGAAAUUCACAGAAAGGUUUCUGAAACAUGUGAUUGGUCCGAAAUUGUGGCUUCACUUAAAUAA